AUGAGGAAGGAAAAAUGGCGGCAACUGCUCACUACAUCCAGUAUAUGUGUUGCCCAGGCGCGAAAAGAAUAUGAGAGGCAGCUGUCGUUGUCUUAUACAGCUCAGCAGCAAGGAAUGCUUCUUCGGGAUAAUUCCAGCAAUUUGAUGCCAACAUCACAGCCAUCCGCUACACUGCUUUAUCCACCGUUUUCACAGCAGACCGUUACUUGA